UCUUCUUCAUUCAUCCCUCAAGUCCUCCAUUUCAACAGUCCUAAUUAAUCGCACAAACAGUUCACAGGUCUGUUUAACACUGAUGGGUUGCUUCUGGUUCUCACGCCACAAUAGUGGAGUAGAGCCUUCAGAAGCUGAUGGAGAACUUUCGGUGACAGAAAAGGUAAAGAUUUACAAAUACAAAGAGAUUCGUCAGGCUACAGAUGAUUUCAAUGCCCUGAAUAAAAUUGGAGAAGGAGGGUUUGGUUCUGUGUACAAGGGUCAUCUUAAAGAUGGAAAGGUGGCAGCUAUCAAAGUCCUGUCAGCUGAAUCAAGACAAGGUGUAAAAGAGUUCUUGACUGAGAUCAAUGUGAUAUCAGAGAUACAGCAUGAGAAUUUAGUUAAGUUAUAUGGAUGCUGCGUGGAGGGGAAUCACAGGAUCCUUGUUUACAACUAUCUCGAGAACAAUAGCCUUGACAAGACCCUUCUAGCUGGGGGAUACACUAGGAGUGGGUUACAGUUUGAUUGGAGCACUCGUGCCAAUAUUUGCGUUGGGGUUGCUAAAGGUCUUGCCUUUCUUCAUGAAGAAGUACAGCCACACAUAAUUCAUAGAGAUAUCAAGGCAAGCAACAUUAUACUUGACAGAGACUUGUCCCCCAAGAUAUCUGAUUUUGGACUCGCUAGGCUUAUGCCACCGAACAUGACACAUGUCAGCACUUGUGUGGCGGGUACAAUUGGUUAUUUAGCGCCAGAGUAUGCGGCUAGGGGACAGUUAACACGUAAAGCCGAUGUAUACAGCUUUGGAGUCCUUCUGAUGGAGAUAGUCAGUGGAAGAAGUAACAAAAACACACGAUCACCCACUGAAUAUCAGUAUCUUCUAGAAAGAGCUUGGGAGCUUUAUGAGCGGAAUGAGCUCGUAGAUCUUGUCGAUAUAGCGUUAGGCGGAGUUUUUGACGCAGAGGAGGCUUGCCGGUACCUUAGAAUAGGUCUUUUGUGCACGCAAGACAGUCCUCAGCUAAGGCCAACAAUGUCCAUAGUGGUGAAGUUGUUAACGGAGGAGAAGGAUAUAGACACCAAGAAAAUAACCAAACCGGGUUUGAUUUCUGAUUUUAUGGACAUGAAAGUGAGAGAACCGGUGGAAACAAAGACAGAGGAAGUGAACAGAUGCAACUACACAAACCCUUCUUCUUAUAAUGUCUCGCCUAGCUCCAGGACUAGUGACAACUCAAAUGGUUACUCAUCAGGGGCUUCAUCAACUAAUGCAGUUUAUUCGUUAAGCAUUACCAAUUAGAAAAUAAAUGUUUUUCCUUUGGUGUUUGAUGUUUUUGUGUGUGUCAUCAUCCAGAUUCUUCUUUCUUUGAUUUGCAAACAGAGAUUUGAGUGUGUGUGGGUGUUUGUGUAUAAGCUUGAAAUUGAAUAUGAAUUGGUCCCAGAAAAAGAAGAAGUAGGU